GUGGCGCGCGGUUUGUAAGUUUCCAAGUCAGUUUACUGACCGGUUUUCGGUAAAUAUUCUCCUCUUUGUUAGAUAUUUAGUUACAUAGAUACAAGACAAAUACCAGCAUGGGGCAAGAGUUUCAUGUGUUGAGGUGUUUCUCUUGUCAAACCUUUCAAGUACAACAGGUCAAAAAGAGCAAAAAAUGGAGUUGCAAGAUGUGUGGGGAAAAGCAGUCUCUCAUAAAGGAAUAUGGCAGAGGAACAGGUGCCGAUUGUAGGCGCCAUGUACAGAAGUUGAAUUCACUGCGUGGGGAGCUGCUACAGGUUGAAAAUGAAAGAGCCUGGACACAGUGGGAGAAAGAGGAUCAUGAAGAUGAGGACAGCUUUGGCGAGGAAGCUCAAAGCUGUGAGCAACAGGAUGAGGUGCAAGUUGUAAGCCGCUGGAGUAAAUAUGUUGAUCAGACAGGCAGCGGGCCAGGAGAGGAAGAGGAGGAGGAGGAAGAAAACGUUUACACAGAGAGAGCGAGGUUCAGGAGUCGUGAUGAAAUCAGCAGAAAGAGGAAGAAAGGCUUCACCUCAAAAGAUGCUUCUGGGCAUUACACAGUUUCUGAGGAUGAUGACCCUGGUACUGACCCUGCUCACUGGAGGGCCAAGGGAAUACCAUUUCAGGCACAUCAACGUGGUGGCUCAUUCAAAUCAUCACCUGUAGAUGGAAGUUCCUCCAGACUGUCUCCAUUCACUAGCACAAACUCCAAAACAGCAACUUCAUAUAUUUGUGAUUCUCCUGCUACAUCACCGAGCUUUAAACACACUGGAGUGUACAGUGGCUUAAAUGCUACUGGUGGAUUUGGCAUUGGAACAAAUAAGAAACCUUCUGCUGAGUUAACCACCAGGCAUCUUCCUUCAGUGCCUGCAAGUACUUCCUCUGCACCCUCAUCCUCUCAUCAGAGGACCAGUGGAACUAGGCUGGAAGCUGAAGGCUCCAAAUGGACUAGAUUCCUUACUUCUGUGUCUGCUGAAGAGGACAAAGACGAGCUAGAGGAUGUUGAUUAUGCUCAAAUGAGUUCUGGGGUAACUGUUGCUGAAGUAGCCCACUCACCAUCAGCCCCGAUUCCUGUACCCAGACCCAGAAGCAUGGGUCAUCCAAGCAGAGAAGAAAGUGCUUGUGCAAGAGCUCCACUGAACGACGUGCUUGGCCCAGGCAACAGGAGCCCUACAAGAGUUUUCGAGAAACUGAGCCACUAUAAGGCUGGGAUUGCCUCUAGUAGUCCUUCAACUUUUACAUCAAAACCUGCAGGCUCUCAGAGCCCUGUAUGUCUUCAGCUCCCGCCUGCCAAAAGACCGUGUCCUGCCCUUUCUUUUACCACAUUGUUCCAUACAGAUGAGGACUUUGAUGAUGCACUUUAAUCUGGUACCAUUUACUCAGAGGCCUUUAAAGUUCCUGGGACAUACCAACUAUAAACAUUGAUGAAAUACUAUUAAUAAUUAACUGUGUUUUCAGAAGGUUUUAAACUGAAUAUAAACCUUUAUAUACAGAUCAGGCAUAACAUUAUGACACAUCCUUGUUUCUACGC